CUCAAGGUCCAUUCGUCACCGCGAUCCGAUCAAGUCAGCAAGCCGAGUUGACGGAAGCAAUGACAGAGAUUCUGUUGCAACAGGACCUAUUGAUUCGGCUCUGUAAGAGCCUAAUCUGGUAUGGAGCCCCAUCUCAUCGAAUCGAACUAGCUAUGGAGGCCAUGUGCAGAACCUUUGAGCUCGAUGGGUCGUUUGCGUUCUUACCUGGGCUGAUGAUGAUCUCCUUUGGAGAUUCAGAUACACAUCUAAUCAAAUGCACUCAAGGAUUUGAUAUGAACCGGUUAGCUAAAGUGCACAAGGCUACCCGGGCAUUGAUGUACGACGAUUUGACACCAGCGGAAGGUUUAACCAUACUCAAAGCCAUCAAUAAUGAGAAACCCAUUUACAACAUGUGGGUGACGAUAAUUUCAUUUGCUGGGUCCAGUGGAUUUAUUGCUCCAUUAAUCUUCAAGGGUAGUUGGAUGGACAUGUUGGUCAGCAUGAUCCUAGGCGUGAUUGUCGGCUUAAUGACCCUUCUAGUCAACCGUUAUUCGAUCUACUCGAGCGUAUUUGAAGUCAGCAUCAGUGUCUUAAUUGCAUUCGUGGCUAAGGCUCUAAGAAGCUACGUUUGCUUCACAGGCGUGGUCCUCAGUGCGAUUGUUCAGCUUCUGCCAGGCUUAUCGCUCACGACCGCGAUCAUGGAAUUAUCCUCCAGAUUUAUGAUUACGGGAUCUGCGAGGAUGUUUUAUAGUCUGAUCUACUGUCUCUUUUUGGGAUUCGGUCUCUCGAUUGGGUCGAAUCUUUGGGAUGUUUUCCAAGAGCCUCCGUCUGAGGAUUUAAAGAUGGGGCAUUGUAUCCCAGCGAACGAACCCUGGCGAUGGAUCUUGUUCCCACUCAUGGCCAUUUCAUUUAAUAUCCAGCUCUAUGCGAGCCCACGCCAGUGGCCCGCCAUGCUCAUCUGUAGCUCUGUCGGCUAUGCGAUUAGUGAGGUUGGAGGCAUACAUUGGCCUCGGUCCCUUCAUAUCGCUGCGGCUAUGAGUGCAUUUGUGGUGGGCCUUUUGGGUAAUAUUUAUGAGCGGAUCACUCAUGAGCUUGCCUUUGUGCCGAUAUUGGGUGCCAUUCUUUUGAUUGUUCCUGGAGGAAUGGGCGUCCGCUCAACACUAUUGCUCUUGGACGAGUCAGGGCACGCAUCUCAGGGGAGUGCGUUUGCUUUGCAGAUGAUCAUGGUCGCUCUUGGAAUCGCCAUUGGGCUCUUUGCUGCCACUCUUGUUGUUUAUCCUCUUGGUAAAAAGCGAAACACUCUUUUAACGUUCUAA